AUGAAAUUUCAUCCAAUUACUGUUAUUACGAUUAUUACUUUAUUCUUAUUUUGUUCCUUAAAUGGAUUUCAAUUAAAAGGAGUAAAAAAAUUUGAAAAUCAUAAUAAUGAUAAUUUAAUAAGAUUAAAGAGAGAAAAGAAGAAAAAAUCAAAGAAUGGAAGCAAAAAAGAUUCAAAAAAAACUACAAAUGAUACAAAAAAAAAGAGAACUACAAAAACAACAACUUUAACACCAGAAACUACAACAACAUCAUCAAGUGACGAAAUAACAACUACAACACCAUCAAGUGAGGAAAUAACAACUUCAGUACCAAUAAUUGAAGAAGAAACAAAUACAACAUCAACAAAUGAAGGAAUAACAACUACAGUAUCAAUAAUUAAAGAAGAAACGACUACGACAUCAAUAAGUGAAGAAAUAACAACUACAGUACCAACAACUGAAGAACCAACAAAAACAGCUGAAGAAACAACAUAUGAAAUACCAACUAAUUCUUCAACAGAUUCUAUAGCUGAUGCAAGAUCCAAUGCAAUUUUGGAAUUAUGCCGUUGUUUGCUUUCAUUUAUAGAAAAAUUAUUAGCAAUGGUAAAAAGUUUAUCAGCAUCUUUAUCGGAAUUAGAAGAACAAUCAACUACAUUACUUCCAUCAGAAAAUAGUACAUUAAUAUUUUAA